UUAGGUUGGUAAUUACGUUCAGUUUAUUGCAGACUGUCUGUGUGAAGCAGAACGUUUUGUAGUCGGAUUUAAGGAGCAGGCCACGUUCAGAAAAGUAAAAAGGUCUUUUGCGGGGAGGGCUGCAGUCGAGGAAGGCAGACACCUUGGCACAGGGGCUGUCAUCUGUAUAAUUUCAGACAACACAGGAUGGCUGGCUGUGGUGAAAUCAACCAUACAGUAAACAUGCUUCCCACUAAUCGGAAGGUAAAUGAGGCCUGUUCAAGCACAACGCCUGCUCUGACCGUGCCAGAAUGUGCCAUAUGCUUACAAACAUGUGUUCACCCCGUCAGACUGCCUUGUAGACACAUCUUUUGCUAUCUCUGCGUGAAAGGAGCUUCGUGGCAAAGCAAACGGUGUGCCCUGUGUAGGCAAGAAAUCCCAGAAGACUUUCUUGACAAGCCCACGCUGCUGUCCCCAGAGGACCUGAAAGCUGCUGGCAGAGGCAACGGGGAGAACGCAUGGUACUACGAAGGCAGGAAUGGCUGGUGGCAGUAUGACGAGCGCACUAGUAGAGAGCUGGAAGACGCUUUUUCAAAGGGUAAAAAGACUACAGAGAUGCUCAUUGCAGGAUUUCUGUAUGUGGCAGACCUGGAGAACAUGGUUCAGUACAGAAGGAAUGAACACGGUCGGCGGAGGAAAAUUAAACGAGACAUUGUAGAUAUUCCCAAGAAAGGUGUAGCAGGACUUCGGUUGGACACGGACUCCAACCCUGUAACAGUGGCUCGUGAAAAUUCAGCAGAUGGGGCCGAUACCACAGCGGUACAGGGGGCCACUUCCGCAAGACAACCAACGUCUCUAGGGGGCCAGCUGACGAGUCCUUCAACACCUUCCCCCGAUGCCAGUAGCAGCUUGGAAAACUCCUUAGCCCAAUUACAGAUCGGUAGUCAAAGUGCGACCGACAGAGGGCACAAUGGGGAGGGAGAGGAGGUAGAAGAAGAAGGAGCUCGGUCUCGUGGCUCUUCUGCUCCAAACACGUCAGUUGAUGAGUCAGAGUCAGAAACCAGCAGUGAGGUAGAGGAGGAAGAGGGGGAAGUUGAGCAGGAGGAGGAGGAGGAGGAGGAGGAGGAGGUGGUAGAUGAAGUGACUGGUGAUCAGGCUCAAUAUGUUUUGCACACUAGACAAAGACUGCUUCAUCAUGAUAGGCCUAGGGAGAGCCAUGCUGAUAGACCAUAUCCGGGGGGUGAGCCUGGCAGCAGCAGUGUCAGAUCUAGGAGGCCUGAUGGACAGUGCACUGUAACUGACGUUUAAACUCUUGUCAAUUACUUAAAAAAAAAAAAAAAAAAAAAAGAAAGAAAGAAAGAAGGAAGAAACGUACUGGAACAGUUGCUGUGAUUCUCGGCCAAUAUUGCUCUCGAACUGGAAUGUUUCUAAUAACAUUUUUUUGGGAAAUGUGAAGGGCACUCCCUUAAUUUAAAUAAAUAAAUAAAUAAAUAAAUAAAUAAAUAAAUAAAAAGCAAACUUUUGGAGGCUUCUUACAGAAGACCAUACUUUUAAUUAAUGACCUAGCUUGUUGUAGCCAGACAACAUACGCAGUUAUGUGGAGAGUUAGUUUCUUUCAGCCAUCUGGCUAUGUGUUUCUUUCUAAAAUAAAUCUUUUAAUGCCCCCCACCCAGCCCAGAUUAAUAUUCUGAAGUCUAAUUGGUGUAUUUCAUUAACAAAGCAUGGUCUUUGGAUGUUAAAUUAAUAUUUCAUUGUAUUAUGCUUGUCUGUAUCAUUACUUGUGCAUGUGUCAUUGUAAGAGAGAAUACUAAACACUAAUGGCAAAAAAAGAGAAAGGUUUGGUUAACUUUCAUUGAUGGCGUCGUAAACUCAGUUUAUGUGUAAUCAGCAAAGUGCUGUGUGCUAAGUGAUAACAUUAGGUGUAGUCUGUAUAGCCUGCAUACCUGAAACAUAAGGGGAUGUCUUUGAAAUCUUUGUGUAAUUUUUGCAUUUCUUAAAAUUUCAUUGUUACAUGUCCCUUCCCUUCCAUUCUUUUUAUUUUUGCUGUAAUUUGCUUUAAUGUAAUAUUUUGUUACAAAAUUUGUAAGUUAAAAAUAAAGUAUUUGUCAGUUUAUCAACUCAAA